GAUUUUAUUGAAAUAAAAAGAAGAAAAUUACUCAAUUUUCAUUGAAAAGAGAAACGGCGUUUAAAGCGGGGUUAAAUCUGGAGACUGAAAGAAGAGGAACCCCAACCCAUUCCCCAACACAGACCAAUCUCUCUCUCUCUCUCUCUACUGACAUACUUCUCUUCUUCUCUCUCUCUCUCUCUCAUUCAUACAAUUUCUCCAACUCAUCUCUCGCUGUCAAAAUCCACACGCACUUCAUCCCUUUCCACACUCUAAAACUUCAAAAACCUUAAUUCAUUCAAUUUAUUUGUGUAUUCAAAUCCUUCAUUUUUUUCUGGGUAUAAUCUCAUUUAUAGUUUCUAGUAUCACUGGCCGGCCAUGGCGAUUGCUGCCGCAGCCGUCAUCGUGCCAUUGGGAUUGCUCUUUCUCGUCUCUGGCCUUAUUGUCAAUGUCAUUCAGGCAAUUUGCUUUGUACUCAUCCGGCCUUUGUUCAAGAAUACAUACCGACGGAUCAAUAGAGUGGUAGCAGAGCUGUUGUGGCUGGAGCUUGUAUGGCUUAUUGAUUGGUGGGCAGGUGUUAAGAUCCAAGUAUACACAGAUCGGGAAACUUUUCAAUCAAUGGGUAAAGAACAUGCUCUUGUAAUAUGCAAUCACAGAAGUGAUAUUGAUUGGCUUGUUGGAUGGGUUUUGGCGCAGCGAUCGGGUUGCCUUGGGAGCACAUUAGCAGUCAUGAAGAAAUCGUCAAAAUUUCUACCGGUGAUAGGUUGGUCAAUGUGGUUCUCUGAAUACCUUUUUCUGGAAAGAAGCUGGGCACAGGAUGAAGCCACAUUAAAGUCAGGAAUUCGACGGUUAAAGGACUAUCCCCUGCCCUUCUGGUUGGCUCUUUUUGUCGAGGGGACACGCUUCACUCAGGCAAAACUUUUAGCCGCCCAGGAAUAUGCUAUCUCAAGAGGCCUGCCUGUCCCUAGAAAUGUUCUGAUUCCUCGUACCAAGGGCUUUGUUUCUGCUGUAAGUCACAUGCGCUCGUUUGUUCCAGCUGUUUAUGACGUAACAGUUGCCAUUCCCAAAACAUCUCCUCCACCUACAAUGUUAAGACUUUUCAAGGGGCAACCAUCUGUGGUGCAUGUGCACAUCAAGAGGCAUGUGAUGAAGGAUUUGCCUGAAAGUGAUGAAGCUGUUGCACAAUGGUGCAAAGACAUAUUCAUUGCCAAGGAUUCUUUAUUGGAUAAACAUAAAGCUGAGGACACUUUUGCUGGUCAAGAAUUGCAAGACACCGGUCGACCAAAAAAAUCUCUUGUGGUGGUUGUAUCUUGGGCAUGUCUCCUUGCAUUCGGGGCUUUGAAGUUCCUCCAAUGGUCUUCAUUCUUAUCCUCAUGGAAGGGCAUUGCACUCUCAGCUUUCCUUUUGGGGUUAGUUACCAUCCUUAUGCAAUUCUUGAUUCUCUUCUCUCAGUCCGAACGUUCAACCCCUGCCAAGGUGGCUCCAACAAAGAACAAGAACGACGGAGAGCCUUCUGAAUCUGCAAAACAAGAUAAACAGAACUAAAUCACCGCUCCGAUCCCCUCCCGACAUUCCUUCUGUAACAGAAAGGUUCAAAUUUUAAGGUCAUGAUAUGAAACUUGGUAUAGCAUGUAACCCUCUCAUGUAUGUUUGUCAAAGGCCUUCUUACCCUAGUGUGAUCUCAUUCUUAAAAAUUAUUUUCCUUAAAUAUUAUAUUAUGCUUCUCCCCCCUUUUUUUUGUACAACAUAGACAUAGUGGGUAUGCAUACUUUCUUUGCUCUGGUUGAUUAGGUUAAAUUUUAUAGACUCUUUAAAGGGUACUGUAGAAUUAUUUACUGAAUUAGCAUUUUAGGGCUGGAAAAGCCACACCUGCAGCAAUUCUUAUGUAUUUCAUUUUCAGGUUGAAAGAGUAUUAUAGGUGAAAAAUGGACUACUUAAACUUA